GCGGGAAGACGAGAGGGAGGCGGGCCGUGGCCCGUGGGAGGUGAAGAAGAGUGGGCACUCCGCCGUCUGUGCGUAGCAAACCGUGAAGGAAAAUGUAAUAUCCUCCUUUGCCCUGUGGUGUUGAUGUGUCUGUGGUUUCUCAGAAGGAAGAUGAAGUACUGCUGAAUACCUUAUCACAGCGUCUGCAGUGAAUACAACAGCAAUGCCCAGUUGUUGAUGCAAGUUUGUGACCACACAAGAAUGCCUGGGCUAAACUCUACUUGGCUGUGUAGUGGACAUUGAUGGUGGAGAUGAAAUAUGCUUAUGCAAGAAGAGAACUUGACUCCAUCUCCAGUUGUGUAAGUGCAUUCAGACAUACUUUAAAAAAUAUGAAUGGAUGGGGUCUACACAAUCAAUUGCACUUCAGAUUAUAAACAGUUUGUCUUUAGCUUCAGUAACAUGGAAGAUUCAUUAGGGCAAGGAGAAUCUCAGAAUUAUUCUGUAAACCCCUAUUUCUUGCUUGAGGAUCAAGGUACAACCAGCCAUUGUGACCUGAAGAAAAUGGAGAAGCAAGGUGAUGAGAGUGAUGCAGAGCAAAAUGUUUUACAGAAUGUGAGUGAGGAACUUUGUAAGAUAGUGCCAGAAUGCAUUCAGGGUAACUCUGCUACUAAACUCAGUGACGUGGAGAGUGUUAGUAAGGGAAGCAUAAUGAGUAGGUGUGGUAAUGAGGACAUGGAGAAGGGGAAGGGUGUUGAAGGCAUUGAACAAGAUGGUGAGAAUAUCCAUAGUGAAGCAGGUUGUGAAGAUAGCAAAAUACAUGAGUUUGAAACUUCCUCAAAGAAAUCGGAUGUUGACAGAGAAAAUGAUGAUUUGAAUGAAAAUGGUGAUAGUUUUGAAGGAGUGAAGGAAGUUACAGGAAGUCAUUCUACAACACAUGAGGGUGAUGUAAAUGAGAGGAAUGAAGAGAAAGCUGCUGGGAUUGCAGUUCUUGGUGAUAGUGAAAGUAAUGUUAACUCUGACUCCAGAGAUUUUAAAAAUGAAGAAAACAACCAAAAUAUGAGUAGUUUCAUCUUGGAAGGUGAAGAAAAUGAAGAUGAUAAAAGUAUGAACAUCUCUGGCUUAGAAGGUGAUGAGAAUAGAAAGGAUAUCCAAAAUAUGAUUAGUUUUGACUCAAGUGGUGAUGAUAAUGAUAUUAGCUUAUAUUUAAGCAGUUCUUCUGAAAUGGAAGUCAGUGAAAAUGAAGAAGCCAGACAAGCAAUGAGUAAUUCUGUCACUGAAGAUGAUGAUAAUGAAGAGACUAGCCAAACAAUUAAUAGUUCUAGUUUUGAUGACAGUGAAAGUGAAGAUAUUAGUCAGAGUACAGUUAAAUCUGACUUACAAGACAGUGGAGAUAGAGAGAACAAUCAAUCAUUGGCUAGUUCUGGCUUAGAAAGUGAAGAAAACAGCCAGAUGUGUAAUUCUGGCAUGGAAAGCAAUGAAAAUGAGAACUACCAAAUGGAAACUGGUUAUGUCAUAAAGGGAAAUGAAAAUGAGAACACAAUGACUAGCAUGGAAAAAGAUGACAGGAUGGUAGAAAUGAAUGAAGACAGUUCAGAAAUGGAGCAUGAUAUGUCUUUCCAUGAUAGUAAAAAAGAUAAUGUGUUAAAUGAGGAGGACAUUCAGGAAAAUGACAAGGAAGGUAGUACAGAAGUGGAAAGUGAUAAAGAGACAAAAAAGAAUACUAACAGCUGUGUUAUCCAAGAACAACUUGAAGACUUCACCAAAGAAACACAAGGCUGUCUGGAAGCUGAGUCAAGACUGAAAGACACACAAGAAGACUCCAUGGAAAGAAGUUUAGAAGAAAAAAUAAGUGAAUCAAAUGACUCUGCACAGAAUGCUGAAAGAAGUGAAGACCAGGACUUGAGAACAGUGACAGAGGAAGGAGGAAAGAUGCAGAACUAGAAAUUGUAUCAAGAAAAGAAAAAGAUGGAGAGCUGCAGUCUGAAGCAGAACAGGAAGAGAUGGAAACUGAAGUAUCAAGAGUAGAAGGUGAGGAAGAAGGUGAAAAUAAAGGAUCUACAGUCCAGGGAAAGGAUGAGGAAAAUAAGACUCCAACAGGUGUAGAAAGUGGCAAAUUGUGUGAAAAAGAACAGUUAGAGACGGAAGGAAGAAACAUAAAUAUGAAAAAAAUGAGUGCAAAUAUAGAAAAUGAUAAAACACAAAAAUCAUUAGACAAAGAAACUGAACAGUCAAAGAAAGGUGAUGCUGACACAAGCAGAAGCAAAGGUUGGAUUACCACCGGAGAUCAUGAUGAGCCAGAUAAAGAUGCACAUGAUUCAGGCCAACCAGAUAUGAAUGAGCAAUCACUAAAACUAACAAGUGAGAUUAGAUCAAAACCAAACCAAGGAAAAACAUAUACAAAUAUGCAUGAAGAGACACUUUCUGAGGAUGUGCAGAAUCAAACUGGUGCCAACAAAAUAACUGGAAAAGAUGUGGAUCAGCUUAAGAGACUUGCUGUGACCAAAGAUGUGCUAAAUCAGGCUGACAAACAUGGAAUAGCUGACAAGGAUGUAAGUGAAAAGGCAAAUACUACAUCACAGGAAUCAACUCCAGAAGAAACACCACAGAAUCAAAAGGAGGAAAUUGGAUCAGAAUCCCAAGAAAUUGAGAAAAAUGGAAUUGGUUAUGGAAGCAGAGAAGAUGAAAAGUUAAGUAAAGAGGUGAUGGUGCAACAAAAUACAACUACAAGUCAACUUAGCAAGGAAUCAGAACAUCCUGGAGGAGAAAUCAGCAGUAAAUGUGAUGAUUCUAGAACAAUGAAGCAUAAAGAUGUAGCUCCAACAUGUGAAAGGAAGCCAAGCAGCUCAAGCAGUAAAAACACAGUGACUGACAAGAAAAUGCCACCCAAACAGAAAAACAUAGCAAAAAAAUCCACUAGUAAAAAGACACCAGGAGGUGCAGUCCACAAACAGCAACCAUCCACAGAGAAAACACUGUCAGAGGAACAAGAUGUAGGAGAUUCCAAUGACUCAGAUAUUGUGAUUCUCUCAGAAACAAUUAAGACAAUUGAGAAUACUGAUAGGUCAGAUCAAAUGUCCCUUGUGUGCCAAAGAUGUUACUAUCUGUGGAAUGAUGAGGUACUUGAGGCAAUCUUUGAGGGCAACAAGAGUGUGACAGUCAAUUCAAAAAUCACCUAUGGGGCCAUCAUGUGCUUCAGUAAUUAUGCAGAUAUUCACUACCCAGAGAACAAGGAGAAGGCAUUGAGGAGUGUUUUGGAGCGAGCUGACCUCGGUAAGAGCAUUGGAAAUAUGAAGAUAAAAGAAGUUGUCGUGUGGCUGAAGUGCUUGAUGAAAAGUGGGUCGGUGAGUUGUUGUACAGUCUUUGAUGCAGUGUACAACCCCAAGAGUGCUGAUAUGAUGCUGUCAGCCUUACUAAGCCCAAAGCCUGCAAGCCAAAAGGAAAAUGAAGUUCAGAAAUCAAAGCAACCGAGCACAAGUAUGGUUGACGAAGAGACUCCAAAACAGAAGAGCAGCCUCACCAAAACAAAACACAAAGCUGGACCAUCCUCAGAGACCAUCACACCAUCCACCAAUACUACUGGUGCUGAGAAAAUUACUCUGUCUCAGCAAAGUGAAGUCAAGAAAGAUCCAGAUACUACUGCAAAGAGCAGUGUAAAUACUCAGGUCAAGGAACUGAAAGCUGGUUUGAAAAAGAAAGAUAUGCAUCUUAGUGAAGCACCUGCUACCUCAUACGGAGAUGAUUCACAGAGUUUGAACAAAAAAAUUAUUAUAAAGAAAUGCAGUGUUAACCUGGGAAAACCUGUGCCAAUAACAUCAAAACACAGAGUUCGUAUAUACCCUGUUUGGAAGAGCUCUCUGAAACGGUCCAUUAUAGGGGAGGAGGUGAUGAGGCAAUCCAUGAAGAAAAGGAAAAAUUUGGGUUGCAAAGAAUCAACUGGUACAGAAAGUUUGUCAGAGUCAAGUGAUAAAAAUGAUGCCGAGUUACCUAUGAAUGAACCUCCUACUACUGACUGUUCAAAGUAUGUUAGCAAAGACUCCUUUCAUGACUCAGAUAAGGAUGACACAAUGUCUGAAUGGAGGGAGAGUAAUAUGAAUGCAUCAAGGAAUGAGGAAAGCUCUCUAGAGAACUCGUCUGAUAUUGUUACUACUAAACCAUCAAAUAAGAAGAGUGUGACAGAAUCAGAACAAAGUACAGCAGAUGUGAAGGGAGAUAUUGUUGUAAAGGACCAGGUUAAAGCAGAAGGAUAUAAAAAGGACAAAACUACAUUGCGCAACAAAAGUAAAAUAGGUGCAAGACACAAUAACAAAGAUAUAAAGUAUUCCAGCAGAAAAAAGAAAUUUGGUAAGAUUAAUGAUAAAGAUGCAGAUCAAAUACUUCCACAAAAAUCAGAAGCCUCCACAGAUGACGAUGUAAGCAAUAUUAUCAAGUCAAAAGAUGAUAGUAGAAAUACUGGAAAACAUGACUUGCAAAGUACUAAAGCUAUCAACAGGAAUGAGAAACCAGAGGAAGCCAUCAUAAAACACGACAAAUGUGAGAGAAAUGAAGAAGCAAACAAGACUGAUACAGUAAGUGAAAGCUGUGAGAAGAAUGAGGAAACUGUGGAUGUCAGUGCUAAGAAAUCUGAAGAUGUCAAUACUGAGAAAACUGGAGAUUUCAACUCUAAGAAAACUAAGGAUGUCAAUGUUGAGAAAGCUGGAGAUGUCAACACUGAGAAAAUUGGAGAUGUCAACACUGAGAAAACUGGGGAUGUCGACACUGAGAAAACUGGGGAUGUCAACACUGAGAAAACUGGGGAUGUCAACACUGAGAAAACUGAAGAUGUCAACACUAAGAAAAUUGGGGAUGUCAACACUGAGAAAACUGAAGAUGUCAACACUAAGAAAAUUGGGGAUGUCAACACUGAGAAAAUUGGGGAUGUCAACACUGAGAAAACUGGAGAUGUCAACACUGAGAAAACUGGAGAUGUCAACACUGAGAAAACUGGGGAUGUCAACACUGAGAAAACUGGAGAUGUCAACACUGAGAAAACUGGAGAUGUCAACACUGAGAAAACCAUCAACACUGAGAAAACUGGGGAUGUCUGUGCUGAGAAAACUGAUGUCAACAAUAAGAAAACUGAGGAUGUCAAUGCUGACAAAAAAGAAACUGAAAAACGUGACAAAACUGAGGAAACUGUGAUAAGAAACAUGAAAGAUGCAAAAGCUGGACAUGAAAAAUAUGAGAGAAAUGAAAGAGACAUGGAAGAUGUAAAAUUUGAAAGCAAUGAGAGAAGUGAGGAUUCUAUCAUGAGAGAAGCAGAUACAAAAAGAUAUGAGGAAACUAAGAUUGGUGAGGUUAACAUGAUUGAUGCUGAACAGGUUUUAACUGAGAAACAGAUUGUGUCCACUGUUGAAUUGGUAGGAAACACAGCGGAGCAUGAAGAUGUCAGUGAAAGGGUCAGUGGAAAUACAGAACCUGAGGAUGUCAAUAUGAAAGAUGCAAAGGAACAAACUGUCACAGAGAAACAAGAUAUGUCCUCAGGAAACAGCUUUACUAAUCAGGUAAAAAGGUCAGCUGAGGGCCCCAGUAUCCAUUCUUCAAAGAAGCAAAAGGUGUCAGAUAGAGUAAGAGAAAAGUCACCAAGAGACACAGAAAUUCAAGAAGCCAAGGAUCUUACUGCAGUUAUGGAAGGAGUACCAUCAAAGCCUCAGAGAAAGACAAGGACAAGGACUGAAACUCGACGUUUGUGCUCGACUGACUCAAAAGAAUCAGAAAGUUCUAUGCCGGCUUCUUUUGAAGGUCUGCAAAGCUCUCUUUCUAGUGAGAUGACUCCAAACGGUGAUUCCUCUGAUGAGUAUGAUAAAAAUACCAGCAAGGAAAGGCGAGUAUGUAAAGAAAAGAUGGAAGAAAAGAUUUUGAAGAGUCCAAGAAUCUUGAAAUCCAGGUCACAGAGAGCAAUAUCCAAGAAAUUUGUGUCUUCUAGUGAGACAUCAUCUGACAGCAAUGACCUACCAGUGUCUAAAAAUGAUUCAGUGCCUCAGUUAAGAACUUGUAUGAAUUAUCAACCUGUGUCAUCCGCUAUAAACAAUGAGGAGACUGGGAAUAUAUUGGUCCAAAAGUUAGGGCUAGAUAUCAAUGCCAUUGAUUUGUACUGCAAUACUACAGAUAGUAAGAUACCCACCAACAGAGACAUGGCAAAUAUGCCCCGACAAAGAGGCAGACUCACCAAAGCUUUGGAAGCCAUGUUAAGGGAACGUUCAGACCUGGAUGGAGUUGCAAAAGAAGCCUUUGACUUGCUCCCAUUUGAGCAUCACAACUUGCUAGGUAUUGCCAAUAACAGAGAACGUUAUCUCACAAAUCAGGAGCUCCUUGUGUUGCAAAACAUUUGUGUGCUCAAUCCUGAAGCUCCUGAUGUGGACAUGUUCUAUCAGAUCCUGAUUCAGGUGCUGCUGGCUCGCAGGAGAGUGUUAAUGGUACCCAACAGUCUUGCCCUCCUGGUGGUGACAGAGAAGAUUCGCAGGGAGUUCAACCGUGCCAAGAGGAAAGGAAACCACAGUGAGUAUUUAGCUCAAGACUGGGAUCCAUGUAAAAUAUACACAACUGAGGAUUUCUGGAUUGCGGAGAAGAAACCCCCAAAGGUACCUACUGUCCGUACUGUACUGUCCAUCUUCUGUUUGUGGAAGAACAUGGAAAAGCGUGUCCCAAUCUCCCUUCCUAUAGCACUAGAGGAGCUAUGCAGGAAUCUGGUACUAUGGGAUGUAGACAAAAUAGGAAUAUGUGUAAAACUUUAUUCAAGGUACUGCACUUUCUUAUAUGAAGAAAAAAAUCCAAGCUUGACCGAAAUCUUCUUGAAUCAACCAUUUGUUGGCUCCAAGACCAAGCUACAGAAGAAGUUGUUGUAUAGCAAGGAGGACAGUUCUAAGGAACACACAGAAAACCUUUCAUUAAAACACAACAAGAAUGUGAUAGAGAAUGAUGUGCAAGCAUUGCUGAAGCAGUGCCUCGAGGCAGAACAAGCUGCACUCCACUCUUCUAAUCCUAGUGAGGAAGAGUGGUUCAGGAAAUGUGUUCAGGCUUUGAAGGCCAAGGUAGAUCUAUAUAAAAAGGACAUUCAGUUAAUUCAAAAAGUAACUAAGGAUACUGAAAAGAAAAAAUUCCAACUUCUCUCCAACUUGAACAGCUCGGAAUACGAGGACCUUCCCCAAGAUCUGGGCAAGACCACUGAGACUCUGUACCGCCUACUAGCCAAGAUAACCACCAAAUUUGAAAUGAUAAAGGAAGCAGAAUGUAUGGCUGCCAAGGAGACCAAUAAAGUGCCCAGACUCUCCUCCUCUGCUCUGAAGGCUGCUGACCUUGGGGAGGAUAUCUCAGAAAAUAUGAAGGAUCUGGUGUAUGAACUCCUUUUGAAUAAGGUGGGUGUGGAGGAGAUGAGGCCAGUGUUGUGCUCCAUUGUGGAGAACAUGACUGACAAAAACAUUUCAGUGGUGCCUAGUAAUUCGUGGAUCAGAAAUUUUGCCCGAAUUACUGGGCUGAAGGUCAGAUCUCGUAGCAGUGUUGUGUAACUUUGUAUACAGUUUGUAGGAAUUUGGCAUUGUAGUUUUUAAGGAACUAAGAAAUUUCUGAUCAGUAUGUUUUUAUGAUGCUUAAGAAUUUCUUGUGUUAAAUUUUAUUCCAACAAUUUAUUUUUCCUAUCUUCAAAGACAGUUUAUUUUGAUGUACUUGUAAUUUUUGGAAGUUUGCCAAGCAUGAUCAUUUUCUUGUUAUGUAUGUAAUGCUUGGACAGGAUUUAUUUCAGUAUUACAGUAUGUUUUAAUGUACAAGAUGAAAGUGUCUUUUGUAAAUGUGAUGUUUAAUGAAUUCUUAUUUUCAAUUUUGUUGAAGGAUCUAAACAUGCUUUUAUCAAUUGCUCUGUUUGGGUGUUUGUUUGUUUGUUUGUGUGAUCUUGGCUCUCAUACUUAAUGUUCCAUGAAUUUAAGAACAAUGUUAGCAAAAUGAAAAAAAGUAUUUUAAUUUAUUUUGAAAUUAUUAUAAAUUUUUUAUUAUUUUAUUUUUUCUCAACACUUUACAUUCACGUUGCAUCUUUGUACACUGAAGUAGGGUGUUAAUUGUUGUCAUGCAGAACACUACCUGAUGUAUAUAAUACAUAUUCCUUUUUAUAACUGUGAAUAUAGAAAUAGUAUAUUUAUUCUCAGUAGUAAUUACUAGUGUUGUUCUUUUUAAUUAAUUACUAACUUUGAUUUGAAUUAGAUUUUCUAUUCCAUCUAUUUGUUUUGUUUGAAGUGACUUAGUUUCUAAUGAAACCAAAUAUGAUAUCAAUGAAUUAUUCUUGUAAUUUUCUCUGCCUCUAAUUGUGUGUAGUUCUCAUGACAAGAUUCUUCUGAAAGUUUUGUAACAUGCCAUAUUUAUAAAUACAUUUUGUUAAUGUGUGCAUUAUAUUUGUAAGGAAUUAUUGUAACACAAUUGUAAGAUUGUUACCUAUGUAACUUUUAUUCAUCUAAUUGCCAUGAUACACUAGAAUUUUCAAGAUGUUUAUAAAUACAUAUUUUGUUAAUGUGUGCAUCAAAUUUGUAAGGAAUUGUUGUAACAAGAUUGUAAGAUUGUUA